GGCCUGCCCGCCCGCCGGCGCAGGGCCGGCGCUCCAGUAGCCGAGGCCGGCGGGGCAGAAAUGCGGCCGUUGGGGUCUCGCGCGCAGGCUUCCGCGGAGGGCCAUGAGGAGCCUCAGCCUCCUCCCGUCCCACAGAGGCGAGGGGGCCGAAUCUUCGGCCGCCGUUGAGCCUCCUUCGGUUUUUCCCGUGGUGGUGGAAGGGCCGCUAUGAGCAGAAGCCAGCAGCGCAUCCACUUGGAACAACGGGGUGCGAAUUCACAAGCUCCUAAUGGUAAGCUGCCAGAAAUCUCGUGCAUCCCUGAAUGCAGACCUGUCAUUUCUCAGCCACCAAAGGAACAAAAAUUGCCAAUCCUAAAAUCUGACCAAAGAUUCCUGGAUAAAAAAGUCUCUGGAAAAUCAUUCGGGGGUCACCUUUUCGAGAAUAGUUGGAAACAUGCAGUGAUAAAGACAAAAAGGAUAAAACAAGCAGAAUAUACGUCUGCAUAUGGCUUGAGAGACUCUGAUGAAAAUGCUGCAAUGCCAAGUCUUGCUCACGCAAUACGAAACCCCUCUCCCAUUGCACAGAAGACACAAGGUGCUGCUAAUUUAUUUCCAGACAGCUCUUAUAGUAAUGAUGACCCCGGUUUGCCACCAUUUGUGCUUCCGUGUACAUCACAAUACUUUAUUGAAAGCUGCUACAAAAGCAGGGGAGAUACAGCCAUGGGGGAUGCUUAUAAAAGAGGGGCGUUUACUUGGAAACCAGGCCCUCUGAAGACAUCUGGGAUGCAUGGUGGAGCUGGAGAAUUAGGUGCUGUAAGGUUGAAGAAGUAUAAUCGGUGUUCCAGCCUAAUUUCAUUUCCAGAAGGAUCCAAAUUCAAGCCUGGUUACCGUUUCACAGACCCUGUCACUGGAGCUCCUCCUCAGUUCCUCCAGCGGCUUUCUCAACUGGCUGCAUUGGAAUGUGAAACCAUACAUCAAGAGAAAACCAGAAGAAUCAGGAAGGCCAAGAGACAGAUGAUCUAAACAACCUACCAGGAAAGGAACAGGCUCCUUUGAAAUCAUGUAAACUUACUAUUUUCUAGUUGAUGUCUAUCUAAUUCUUUCACAAAUACUAUGUUGAUCAACAAACCUCACAAUUAAGGUAAAAGGGAAAUAUGUGAUUAAUAAACCUUUUUUUAUGUUUGUAGUUAUAUUGUCAUUGUAGAGUUUUUGAACUGCAUUUAAUGCUGUAGAUUCAGUAAGUCAGCCACCCCCCGCAUAGUGAUAGAAAAGUCAGAGUUGGAAGGGAACCCUGAGGAUCAUCUUGUCCAACCCUCUCUAAUGCAGGAAUCCCAGCUAAAGCAUACAGUGGGGUACCUUGGUUUAAGUA